AUGUCCUCUCCUCCGCGAAGCUCAAACGAUGGACCUGCUCAGUCGGGCGGAGAUCCCCAUUCUCCGACCUACGCCGCCUUCUCGCCAGCCACCGUAGGCCACUACUCGGCGCUCAACAAACAGCGAUCUACCAUACUCGUCCAUCAGAAGUCGCCUCUGCUCGUCGCUACGCCGCCUCAAGUCACUCGCACCCUAGCCUACUCGCACCCGUUCCUGCUGCCGUUAAACAAGCUCGCUGGAUUGCUGUCAUGGACGACGGGUGAUCCUUGGGAGAGCUUCCUUCUAGUGGCUGUAUUCUGGGCAACGACACUGUAUGGGGAUGUCGUCGUGCGGUGGGCAGGACCGAUAGUGCUGGUCGCGUGUCUCAUACUUGGGAUGUACGGACGCAGAUACUCGCCGCUAUCCUCGACCGUGAACACAGGGGAGAAGGUGGAGAAAGGACACAAACGUGGAAACUCCGAGGCGGGCACGAGACAUCACAAGAGCCUAGACGAGAUCGUGGACGAGCUCAAGCUGUUCACUUCACGAUGUAACAUACUGCUCGAUCCCUUCGUGAGAUUGACCGAUUUCCUCUCCACGCAGCGGACGGCUACCUCGGCCACAACCCGGCCUGCGCUGACUACCCUCUUCAUUCGCAUACUUCUCAUCACACCCGUGUGGGUGCUCCUGACGCUGCCACCGCUCUACAUCAUCACUACGAAACGGGUCAUCCUGACCUUAGGAACACUGGCCCUGAGCUGGCAUUCUCGGCCAGCCAGGGUAUCGCGAACCAUCCUCUGGCGCUCACGCUUUGUGCGCCGAAUCACCUCUAACAUCACCGGUCUGGACCUCGGUGUGGAGGAUCCCACCAGCAGCCCCGAAGCUCCUCCCCUCCCGCCUCGUCCGCGCGACGCCAACACCAUAGCUGCGUCUCUAGCCGCUAAACGCACGCCCGAAUCACCCGGCAUCAGAUUCACAUUCACGCUGUAUGAGAAUCAGCGCCGCUGGCUUGGUAUUGGCUGGACUUCCUCCAUGCUCGCCUACGAAAGAGCGUCGUGGACGGACGAGCAUCUCAACGCCGCUCCGAGCAAAGACCAGUUUCAGCUGCCCGAUGUUGAAGGUGGACAUGCGCGAUGGCGGUGGGUCGAGGGCAGUGAGUGGCGCGUAGACGGUGGAGGAGAUAGUAACGAUGCCGACGGCGGUUGGAUUUACUACGACAAUAAGUGGCGCGACGGCCGCCGAGGCCAGGACGGCUGGGGCCGCUACACCCGGCGCCGCAAGUGGUACCGCGACGCCGAACUAGUAGAGGUCACGCCGUCCACCGAAACCACUCCCGCGCCAACACCGAAGCCGGGUACGGCCGGCGACGAGGCGCUUUCGGAGGCGGAUACGGCGCAUACGGACGGACCGCCGGCGGAGUAUACGGAAUCCAUAGAAGAUGAGCAAGACACGAACAGUACGAAGGCGCGCAAACGGCGUUGGUUUCGUCGGACGAGUAAACCGACCAGUGAGAAGAGCGGGACUGCGGAGAGCGUGGCGAGCGUGAGUUUGAGCGCGAGGGACGAUGAGGAGGAUGUGCAUACGCCGUUCAGGUUUCGGGAGAGGGAAAGCGACUGGGGGAUGGGAGAUGAGGCGAGGAUGGAUUUAGGUUAA